CACUACGAAAAAAUCCAGUCGAAACGUUUACAUUGCGGUGAGAGAUUUCCCUUAUAAUCUCUGGUCAGCACUCGCCAGGGAAAUUCAUGUUUCAUAACAUCGGACUCACCAUGCUCCGCCAGACAUGCAACCGUCUUCAGCUAACAGCUACGACCCAGCAGCAACAACAGAGGGGGAUGGCGACGUUGAAGACAAUCUCAAUGCGUCUGAAAUCAGUGAAAAAUAUCCAAAAAAUCACUCAGUCCAUGAAAAUGGUGUCAGCAGCCAAAUACAAUCAUGCUGAGCGUGAUUUACGACAGGCGAGACCACUGGGUGAGGGGACGAAGCAGUUUUAUGAGCAGGCGGAGAUUGCAGCACCUGAGGGUGACCCAAAACAACUGGUCGUGGCCAUCACCAGUGAUCGAGGUCUUUGCGGGGCAGUUCACACUGGUGUUGCACGUAGUAUUCGUGAUUCUUUGCUCGCUGAUUCGCAGCUGAGAGAGAACACCAAAAUCAUCUGUGUCGGGGAGAAGUCCAAAGCUAUUCUUUCGAGAUUAUUUCCGAAUAAUAUUCUUUUUGUGGCUUCUGAGGUGGGCAGAAAGCCACCAACUUUUGGAGAUGCUGUCAAAGUCGCUGCUGAGAUAAUGAACUCUGGAUAUGAAUUUGGAAGUGGACGCAUCGUCUACAACAAAUUCAAGUCCGUAGUCUCGUACAAAGUGGACCAGCUCCCUCUAUUUGACAAAUCAGCAGUGUCAACUGCUCCAAAGAUGUCGAUCUACGAUUCCCUCGAUGAGAGUGUGAUCCAGAGCUACAUGGAAUUCUCUCUCGCCUCUCUCCUCUUCUACUCCAUGAAGGAGGGUGCAUGCAGCGAACAAUCCAGCAGAAUGACUGCCAUGGACAAUGCCAGCAAAAAUGCCGGCGAGAUGAUUGACAAACUCACUCUCACCUUCAAUCGUACUCGCCAAGCCGUCAUCACCAGGGAGCUCAUCGAAAUUAUCUCUGGUGCUGCUGCAUUGGAUUGAGCUAAUUAAAGGACGCAUUCGAGAUAUUUCAAUUGUAUAGUCGAUGCUACUAACAAGUGAGAAAGAAAAUAUUAAUGGAAAAGUUUAGAGAAAUUUCAUUGAUUAAUGAUCUUAUCGGUGAUAAUUGAUUAUUGAUAACGGUCUUUGAAUGAAUUCCACUCCCAUACAAUUUAUUGAUUAAUAAAUAUGAGUAGAAAUA